AUGAGAAUUUUCUGCAAUCUUUUCCUGAUAGCAGUCUCACUACAAGCGGUGGCUGCAUUGUCACGUCGGUAUUUAGAAGAUGUAAAUUUUGAAGGAAAAAAGUCAGACGGUGGAUCUCUAGUAGAAUACAAUGACUCCUCCCUGGCCUUCUGUUCUGCUAUGUGUGACGUCACUUGUGGCUGCUUCGGGUUUAACUUGAGAGAAAAAAAGUGCCGAAUUCACCAUUCGUUUGACCAGUCUAACAUAACACUAGCGGAAGCCGGGUGGAAACAUUUCUUUCCAGAAGCUCUUCCGGUAGACAAAGUUAAUGCAAGCUAUCCUAUGGACUGCCGGAAUAUAUACGUUACUGGACACACACAGUCUGGUGUCUACAAAAUUCAUCCUUUUGAGAAUGACAAGUCACGAGGUGUCAAUGUGUUGUGUUAUAUGGAGAAUUGUGGUAGAUGGUGGACGGUGAUCCAAAAACGUAUCAGCGGAUCUGUCAGUUUUAUAAGAACAUGGGUGGAAUACCAAAAUGGAUUCGGGAAUCUGGAUGACUCCUUCUGGAUUGGAAAUGAGGUUAUUCAUCAACUUACAUGGGGAAGGAACUGCGCUCUCUUCGUCUCUAUCACUUUAAAAGAUGGCAGUGUGUUAUACCAAUAUUACGAUCAGUUCUCAGUUUCUGAUGAGUCGGACAACUACAGACUCUUUGUUGGAGGACCAACUGCCGGAACCUUGGAUGACGGUUUGACAGUGCUUUCAGGAAUGUCCUUCAGUACGCCAGAUAGAGACCUGGAUAUACAUUUCCAAAACUGUGCAGAUAUGUAUAAAGGGGGCUGGUGGUUUAGAAAAUGUAUGAAAAGUUUCCUUAACGGUCCCUGGUCUCCGGCAUACUGGGCUAGCCCAUGGAGGCCUGUAGUGAUGGAUGGAAAUGACGUAACGGAGACUCUCAUGAUGAUAAAACCACAUUAA